AUGCAUGUGGACACUCGACUUGAGCGGUGACUAAAAGCUUUGAAAUUUAUUGGAUGGGCUGGUGUCGUAGCAUCAACUAUUUUGGCUGCUUUAUAUCUAGAAGAAGUUAUUUCAAUAUGAUGGAGUAUCAUAGUCCUCCCUUUAUUAAUCCCGCUUAUUAUUUUUCCUAUCUACUUAAGCUUGAAUUUUACUUAUUCUCAACCUCAAAUGAACACUACCUCUGAAUGGAUACUUAUGCUCCUUGCCUAUAACGGAACUGCGUCUCUAAGGAUUUUUUUAAUUUUAUCUUCAUUUUUACUUGAUGAGCUCAUAGAUACUCCUUGAACGGUUGUUUUUAUACCAUUUUGGUACCUAUUAUUUAUUUAUCUAGCAUUUUGUAUUUAUAUCUGUCCGGGACUGACACAUAAAGAUGUGAAUAUGAAAAUUGAAGCAUUUUUACUUUUUGGGUAUCUUUGUGGUACUUCUGUGUCAGGAUUUUUAUUUUUAUUUUAUGCAGACCAGUGGGACUAUAAAAACUUUUACUUUGUUUUCAUCCCAUUGUGAGUUGUAUGUGGGAUACAUUUAUUUCUAUUUUUUAAUGAAAACCGAUUUUCUAAUAACCAAGAGGAAUUGGUUCUGCUAGGAUUUUUGGUUUCAUUUACAAUACUAAUAACGCUAUGUGUAGAGAUUUCAGAAAUUCCGCCGAGUGUCGCUAUAGUCCCGCUAUUUCUGCUUGAAAUAGUGUUCUUUAUAUCAGAAUUCCUGAAGAUUUUCGAGCCAAAGGGGUAUUCAGCGCUAGAAUAG